CGACAACGCGGCCCGGCACGACUCGCCAGGAGUUCGUUGACCGGCAAUUUUUCUUGUAUAACAUCUCGUGUUCCCCUGAUUUCUUUCUUGGUUUUCUCUUCCGCGAUGCCCUCUCUUGGACUCGUGGAACCUCUCGCGGACACACGGAGCCCAAUCAACAGCUGAAGCUGUUAAGUCCGGAUCAAAAUGGCGGGGUAUGGAACUAGAGAUAUACACGAAGAGGAGAGCCUCUUGGGGAACGAUGUUGAUAGUCGGAGCUCUGCCAAGUCAUCUCCAUCCGUGAAAUCACGUUGUUGGACUGUUCUGAGCAUCGUCGCCCUACUGGGCUUGGUUUCGGUGGCUGCUGUGCACAUGGUGACCGGGUAUGAACCCUCGCGUGAUGUGACCGUGAUCGACAGAGCACGUCCUGACUCGGAGAUGGUGACCGCGCCGUCUAGCAAAUCCCACAAGGUUCCCCGUCGUCCGCGGGCUUGCAGCAGUGUCGACGGCGGUUACCAAUGCUUUUCAGAGAUCUCUCACCGCUGGGGCCAAUAUUCGCCUUACUUUUCUCUAGCAGAUGCCGGUGUCUCCAAUACCGUGCCGGAAAAGUGCGACGUGACUUUCGUCCAGGUUCUGUCCCGCCACGGCGCACGGUACCCAACGGCGUCGAAGAGCAAGAAGUACAAGGCUUUGAUCCAGGCUAUCAAGGCCAAUGCCACCGCAUUCAAUGGCAAAACCGCUUUCUUGAGCACUUACAACUACACGCUAGGCAGUGAUGACCUGACCACCUUUGGCGAGCGCGAAAUGGUCAGCUCCGGCGUCAAGUUCUACCAGCGCUAUAAAGCCCUGGCUCGGGACAACGUUCCCUUCAUCCGCUCGGCGGACUCGUCGCGAGUGGUCGAGUCCGGCCGUUUCUUCAUCCAGGGCCUCCAAGAUUCCAAAUUGCAAGAUCGUGCCGCAAACCAUAGCCAAGCGAACGCCACGGUCAACGUGCUCAUCUCUGAAGACACCGGCGCCAAUAACACCCUCAACCACAACACCUGCACAGCAUUCGAGGCUAGCACGCUGGGCGAUGACGUCUCGGAAAACUACACCUCCAUUAUCGCGCCAUCUAUGGCAAAGCGCAUCCAGACCGAUCUACCAGGAGUCACCCUCUCCAACGACGAGGUCAUCUACCUCAUGGACAUGUGUACCUUCGACACCAUCUCGACCACCGCAGACGCCAGCCAGAUCUCAUCCUUCUGCGCCCUCUUCACCGAGGCCGAGUGGUCACAGUACAACUACCUCCAAUCUCUGGGUAAAUACUACGGCUACGGCGCCGGUAACCCCCUCGGUCCGACCCAGGGCGUCGGCUUCGUCAACGAGCUGAUCGCCCGCAUGACGCAUACCGCCGUCCAAGACGACACAUCGACAAAUCACACCCUCGAUGCUGCGGGCGCGGCUUCGUUCCCCGUUAACCGCACGUUAUACGCGGAUUUUACGCACGACAACGGCAUGAUCCCCAUCUUCUUCGCGCUGGGUCUGUACAAUGGUACCGCCAUGCUACCGACGGAUCAUAUCCAGUCUGCGGCGCAGGCGGAUGGAUAUUCCGCCGCGUGGACUGUGCCGUUCGCUGCCCGCGCGUACAUCGAGAUGAUGCAGUGCUCGGGCUCGACUGAGCCGUUAGUCCGGGCUCUGGUGAAUGAUCGCGUUGUCCCACUGCAUGGUUGUAAUGCUGAUAAGCUGGGUCGCUGUCGGCGUAGCGAUUUCGUGCGUGCAUUGAGCUUUGCACGGAGUGGUGGGGACUGGGCGAGCUGCUAUACUUCCUAGGCAAGCUGUAAUGCAUGCAAAGGGGACUUGACCUCCUUUUUUUUUCUGAGUUCUUUUUCUCUGAAUUAGGGGUCGAAUAACCCCGCACUUCAUUGCGACUGUCUUCCACCAGGCAAGUCUGGCAUAGAUACUCAUCUUUUCGCCCUUGGCUGUGGACUACGUGACUCCACGAUGGGAUUAAUUCUGAGAUACCAAUACAAUAAGGAUUAUGAG